CUAAGACACGUGGUUUCCGUCUAGAUUCUUUAGCGGUGGGACUCAAAUGGAAAUAGCCAGCGUGUGAUAUUUUUCCUUUUUUUGCCGCAUUGUGGCAGUUUACACUAUUAUACACGGAUGUGACGAUGUACGAACAGAAAACGGUGUCUCUUAAUAGCAAAGUAGUAUCGUAAAGAAGCAAUAAUUUGUUUAUUAGCCUGUAAAGUGGACACUUUAGCUGAUCGAUGCGGUUAUAUGGACAGUUAGCGGUGCGGCUACGUGUCAGAUCUUGCAGGUUUCAGCCUGGAACAAAACCUUGCGACUUGCAUUAAACGAAAAUAUGAAGCAUAACAAACAUCAGGAUGUUUUGCCGUCUAUCCGGUAACAAACCAGUCAGAAAGGAUGAACUGGGAACGAGCUGAUUAUAUAAUGUAGCCAGAUGGUUAGUGAGAGAUCAAAAUUUUCAGCCAAUUGUUCGGUUCCUGUGUCUGAACACUGGAUAUAAAAAUCCUUAUAAACAGCAAUAACGCCUGAUAGAACCAAGAUGAUGUACUCUUCCAGGAGAAAACCAGUGCUCUACUUUAAAGAGGACAGAAGAUUUCUAUGGAAAAAGUGCUCAGUGCUGAAGCUGUUCAGUCUCUGCAUGGUGCUUGUCCUCGUCUCUCUUCUCUGGCUGCAGCUGAGCUGUUCGUCUGACCUGAACCAGGCACUGCUGGCUGAUGGUCCACCACAUUAUCCAUGUCCUUUAGAGAGACAGGCUGCACCCGUUGAAGACUCCUCAUGGGGCCCUCACAAAUUGGCCGUCAUUAUUCCCUUCAGGGAACGUUUUGAAGAACUUCUUAUUUUUGUGCCUUACAUGCAUGCUUUCCUCAACAAAAAGAAAAUACGACACAAGAUUCUUGUCAUCAACCAGGUGGAUCAUUUCCGCUUCAACAGGGCCUCUCUCAUCAACGUUGGCCACAUGGAGAGUGGAAAUGAUACAGACUACAUAGCGAUGCAUGAUGUGGAUUUGCUGCCUCAAAAUGAAGCUCUAGACUACGGAUUCCCAGAGGAGGGACCCUUCCAUGUUGCAUCACCAGAGCUUCACCCACUGUAUCACUAUAAAACAUAUGUUGGAGGGAUUCUACUGCUUACCAAGAAACAUUUUCAAAUGUGCAAUGGAAUGUCUAAUCGCUUCUGGGGUUGGGGAAGAGAAGACGACGAGUUCUUCAGAAGACUACGAACAGCAGAACUGCAGCUCUUCAGGCCAAAAGGAAUAACAACAGGUUACAAAACAUUCAGGCACAUUCACGACCCUGCCUGGAGGAAGAGAGACCAGAAGAGGAUAGCUGCACAAAAACAGGAACAAUUUAAAAUCGACCCAGAGGGUGGUCUUACUAAUCUGCGCUACAAGGUGGAGUCUCGACAGGAGCUGAUGAUCAGUGGCGCCCCCUGCACCGUCCUCAGCACCUCGCUGGAGUGUGACAUAAGCCAAACACCCUGGUGCCAGUUCAGCUAACACACCUGACCUACUGAAGCAUUGUGCCACGAUAAUGACAUGCAUUGGGUCGUUGUUGUCAGUUUUUCUAACUCGGAGAAAACAGAAAACAAGACAGAUACUGAGGUUUUAUUGCUACUGGACAGUAUUAUGAUCUUUAAUGAAACUGCCUCAGUUUCCUUGGAAAAAACUGUCAGACCUUUCAGGUACUGCACUGAGAACAUGUGAGCAGUGUUAUUACUCACAUGAGCUUUCAUUGUAUGAAUUUCAAAAGCUUAGUUUCUAAAUGAUGAAGCUGCAUCAAUGGCAUUUCCUCCAACUCUUUCUCAUGGUGCAGUAAUUAAAACUGUAUUUGUGUAUGCUUUUUGAAAGAACAGCUUGAGGCUGAUAUACGUCUAUUGGUUUAAGGGUACUUUGAGGACAUUUGCACACUUCAUAUUUAUAUAAAAAGUCCCGUCUGUUUAGUUUUUAUACCAAGUUUUAUCGCUUGUCUAUAAGUUAGUUUGUCUGGGUUAGAUUGUCAUGUUAGCUAAUGUUUUAGGAGAGAGAGGAGAAUGCCUUCGUUCUCUUUACCAAAGACGUCUAAAAGUCUCUUGACCUCUUGGUAAAGAUGCAACAUGCUGUGACAUGGAUGUGAUGGUCAGUGUGGUCAUUUCAAAGAAUAUGUUCAUGACUUUUUUGAAAAGUGAAUCACUUUUAAAGAUUAUUAAAUGGUAUUAUAACAAA